AUGAAGGCCACCACCUUGGCAACCUUUGCCUUGUCGGCGCUCCUCCAGGGAGCCUCCGCCAAGGAGAUCCCGCCCAGUGAGCUCGUCUCUGAGAUCUACGACAGCGGUUCCGUCCACAUGGACCUCAUGGCCCGUAAGAAGGAAUCAUGGGACCGCCAGAGAGCCGCCGGAGAGAUGGAGUCCACUGCUUACCGCAGCCGUCUCGCCGAGGAGGGCCCCGUCUCCUGCGUGAACGGUGUUGCUGAGGUCGUUCCUGGCGAUGCCAUGAACACCUUCAAGUGCAGCAACAUCGACUUCUACGACUUCAAGAGCCACUCCGACCUUGGCUCCACCACCGGUGAGGGUUCUUCCUCCUGGGGCUGGACCAGCCCUGACGGUCGCGAGUUCGCUGUCAUCGCCCAGGCUGACGGUGCCGCCUUCGCCGAGGUCACCAAGGAGGGCAAGCUCGUCUACCUCGGACGUCUGCCUCAGUACUCCACCACGUCCAUCUGGCGUGAGCUUCGUGGUUACAAGAACUACAUUGUCAUUGGCAGUGAAGCUGCCCGUCACGGUGUCCAGAUCUUUGACCUGACCAAGCUCUUGGACCUUGACCCCGCCAACCCCAAGACCUUCGACCCCAAGGCCGACUUGACCUCUUGGUGGAACGGUCUCCCCAACGGCUCUACUCACAACAUCGUCAUCAACGAGGAGAAGGAGUACGCCGUCGCCGUCGGUGCUCAGCCUCGCUCCAGCACUUGCCGCUCUGGUCUGAUCUUCAUUGACCUCAGCGACCCUGAGAACCCCACCUCUCCCGGUUGCGCCGGUGGUGACGGUUACGUCCACGACGCUCAGUGCCUCGUCUACCGCGGCCCUGAUGAGAAGUACUUCGGCCGUGACAUCUGCUACGGCUACAACGAGGACACCCUGACCAUCUACGAUGUCACUGAGAAGAACACCACCAACAUCAUCUCUCGUACCUCUUACGAGGGUGCUAGCUACACUCACCAGGGUUGGGUUACCAACACCGAGUGGCAAGAGUACCUCGUCCUCGACGACGAGUACGACGAGUACGACGCCACUGGCCCCGCUGCCUCUGGAUACCCCAUCACCUACUUCUGGGACAUCCGCUCCCUCGAGGCUCCUAAGCAAACUGGUGUCUACAAGAGCGCCGCCUACGGUAUCGACCACAACCAGUUCGUCAUUGACGGUUUCGCCUACCAGAGCCACUACGGCGCCGGCCUCCGCGUUAUCGACGUCUCUUCCCUGCCCGAGGACCCCACCGGCGGCAAGGUCACCGAGGUCGGCUUCUUCGACAUCUACCCCGAGAACGACGCCGAGCCCAACGGAGGAUCCAUCGACUUCGUCGGCACCUGGAGCCACUACCCCUACUUCAAGAGCGGCUACAUCCUGGUCAACACCAUUGAGCGUGGUGCCUUCCUCGUCAAGCGCACUGCCUAG